GACAACGGCCGAUGCCAUGCUAGACAGUAUUCCAAACUACAGCUGUGGGAGACAGAAUAACGUGUUGGCUGUUUUUGAAGCAACUUCUUCUGAAAUCCCCCACCUUAUUUCAAGCAUGUUGGGCAUCUACAAAAUGCCCCAGCUUCACACUUUCUUGAAAGAAAUUUGGCUUUCCAAUUCAUCCGUAGGAGGGAUGUAUUCUGAUAAGAAUGGGGAGCUGGCUGCCAACUUUGAUAUCGUGAACUGGGUGGUAUUUCCCAAUAGAUCUCAGAGCGGAAAGCAAGUUGGGAGGAUCGAGGGACAGACAUCCUCCGACAUAAAAUUCUCCAUUAAACCGGAAGCCAUUGUGUGGCCUGGGAACUUCAGCAAGGUUGUGCCUUGUUCAAGAUGCACCCAAAGCUGUCCCCCUGGAUACGCUAGAGUGGCCAAAGAAGGAGAGCCUGUUUGCUGCUAUGAUUGUGCUCCUUGUGCGGAAGAGACCAUCUCCGUUCAGGAAGAUGCAAAGCAUUGCACCAAAUGCCCAGAAGAUCAGCAUGCAAAUCAAGCAAGAGACAAGUGUGUCCCCAAGACUAUAACAUUUCUCACUUAUGAAGAACCCCUGGGCAUUGUCCUGAUUUCCAUUGCCCUCUUCUUGUCCUUGACCACUGGUGUUGUGCUAGGAAUCUUCAUUAAAUACAAGGAAACGCCCAUAGUCAAAGCUAACAAUCGAGACCUCUCCUAUAUCCUCCUCAUCUCCCUCCUGCUUUCCUUUUUGUCCUCCUUCCUGUUCAUCGGCCAGCCAAGGAAAGUGACCUGCCUUCUCCGACAAACAGCCUUCAGCAUCAUCUUCUCAGUUGCUGUUUCUUCUGUUUUGGCAAAAACCAUCACUGUGGUGCUGGCCUUCUUGGCCACAAAGCCAGGGAACAAGGCGAGGAGAUGGCUGGGGAAGAGUCUGGCCAACUCCAUUGUCCUUUCCUGUUCUGGUGUGCAAGUUGUCAUCUGCACCAUCUGGUUGGGAAUCUCCCCACCCUUCCCAGACUCCGACAUGCACUCCCAGGCUGGAGAGAUCAUCCUUCUAUGCAAUGAAGGAUCUGUUGCGAUGUUCUACACUGUCCUUGGCUACAUGGGCUUCCUGGCUGCCAUCUGCUUCACGGUGGCUUUCCUGGCCAGGAAGCUUCCAGGGUCCUUCAAUGAAGCCAAGCUAAUCACCUUCAGCAUGCUGGUCUUCUGCAAUGUUUGGGUGUCCUUUGUGCCCACCUACCUGAGCACCAAGGGGAAGUACAUGGUAGCCGUGCAGGUCUUCUCUAUGUUGGCCUCCAGUGCUGGGCUUCUGGGCUGCAUCUUCAUUCCCAAGUGCUACAUUAUCAUCCUCAGGCCAGAUCUGAACACAAAGGCACAUCUAACUACAAAAAGUGAUGGUGGUGGUGCCUGA